AAUUUUUAAAAUAUAAAAAAUUCUGUUGUACACUUGAAAACCAGACAAAAUAAUUUUACGACGCAGCGCGUAGAAUCGGCUAACUCUUCCAUUGAAAACAAGAUCUUAUUUCUUUGAUCGUUGCAUUUUAUCUUAGAAGAAUGGCUCCAAGAUAUGAAUUAGCAGUUGGUCUCAAUAGAGGCCACAAAACUACUAAAAUUCGCGUUGCAAAAAAUAAGAAUGAAAAGAAAAAAACAGUGUGCGUCCUACCAGCAAGAUUAAAAGGGAGACAAACCAAACACAGUAAAUUUGUGAGAGACUUAAUACGAGAGGUAACCGGACAUGCACCGUAUGAGAAACGUGCAAUGGAAUUGUUAAAAGUGUCUAAGGAUAAGAGAGCUCUAAAGUUUUUGAAGAGAAGGUUGGGCACACAUAUCAGAGCCAAGAGGAAACGAGAAGAACUAGGAAACAUUCUCGUACAAAUGAGGAAAGCAGCUGCACACCAUUAAGUUGUUUUUACUUCGUAAUAAUUAAUUUUACUAAUUAUUAUUACAUAUAAUACUUACAAUAAAUCUGUAAUAAAAAAUAUAUGUGAAAA